AUGAUAGGUCCUCGAAGCGCAAUAGGGGCUUGCGCCCGCAUCCUCUCCAGGCAUUUUGCUCCUGCUCUACCUCAUCCGCCUUCACCCAUCUCCAUCACGUCCUGCAAGCGACAUUGCUCAACUCAACGCCCUAUAAAAAGGCCAAAUGGAUCUGGAAGGCGCUUUCAAGACCCCCUGCAGUCUCGUACAAUCAACUCCACCGUUGCCCUCCUUCUGCUCAUUGGCGGCGGCGCCGGCUACUAUCUCAGUACAACCUCGUCGCACGACAAAGUCCUCAACCAAGACACCUUUGUCUCUUAUACAAUAACUUCACGCGAGACCAUCUCAGCUACAUCCUUCAUCUUUACAGUUGCGCCGCAGCAUCCCAACCCGAGCCCUAGCUUUUUGACGUCUGACCCGUCCAAUCAGCCCGCGACGACAGCAUGGCGCUAUCCGCUCUGGUCUGUUGAAAUAAAACAGCCAGAGGUGCAGAUUGCGCGCAACUACACGCCUCUUCCGCCGCUCGAGGGCGAGCGGCUGGAGGAUGGCAAGCUGCGCUUCUACGUGCGGUCAAUUCCUGGUGGCGAAAUGUCGACGUACCUGGGUCGUUUGGGUGUCGGACGUGAGGUCUGGCUGCGAGGCACGCAUCCCGGCUUUGAUGUCGCUGCUCGAUUGGGCUCACAGAGAAAUAUCGUCUUCCUCGCCGGCGGCACGGGUGUCGCACCAGCCAUGCAGGUGGCCAAGGCUGUGCUGGACAGUCACGCAGACGCCCGCUUCACACUGCUCUGGGCCAUCAGGAGCCGGGAAGAACUGCAGCAAGCGCCUGAUGUUCCGCGGCGGCGGCCUGCUUCAUCCUCCUGGUGGAACUGGCUUGGGAGCAGUCCCGGGCCGCAGCCGACCGAAGCUCGCUAUGGGGACCGGUUGCGCAUCCACGUCGGCAUUGACGAUGAGAGCAGUCAAUUCCGCGAAUCUCACAUUGCGACUGCGGUCCAAAGCCCAACUGCAGUGCCGACGCCCCCCAACGCGCCAGACUGCCAGCCGCACAAUCAGAAAUUUCACGCGCCGGCCUCGGAGUUUGAGCCUACCGGUGCGCGCCCGUGCACUUGUCAGACAGACCGGCGUGGUAAGAACCUGCUCAUGGUCUCGGGUCCCGAAGGGUUCAUUUCGCAUUAUGCAGGGCCUAAGGUGUGGCUGGGCGGCGCUGAGACACAGGGUGCGGUGGGUGGUGUGGCGGGAGAGCUACGCAGGAGAAACGCUGGGUUUGCCGCUGACUGGCUUGUGUUGAAAUUGUAG